AUGACCCAGGCUCCAAUGCACAAUGCUUGGGAAAACAUAUCUGUAGGAAUGAAACUUGAAGUGUGCCAUCGAGAAGGUGCCACAAGUCCAGGAACAAAUGCACAGCAAUCUUAUUGGGUUGCAACAGUCAUUCAAUUGGCUGGUUAUGAAGCCUUGCUUCGAUAUGAAGGAUUUGGGCAAGAUUCUUCCAGAGACUUUUGGCUUCACUUGUGCAUGCCUGAUGUAGUACAUCCUGUUGGCUGGUGUGCAACUCAAGGCAAACCACUUAUUCCCCCAAAGGGAUUGGUGUCAAAGAACAUCGAAUGGAAGGAAUUCCUUGUGAAACGCCUAACUGGUGCAAGAACGCUGCCCCUAGAGUUCAAUCGUCAAGUGAGAGACUGUGUCAAGUCUGAGUGGAAGCCAGGAAUGCGAAUUGAAGUUGUUGAUCGUGAGAGGAUUGCUCAAGUGCGAGUUGCCUCCAUCUCUAAUGUUCUGGGUGGAAGACUCCAUCUCCGCUAUCAGGGACUCAAAGAGGAUGACCCGGGCAUGUGGUGUCAUGAGAAAGCAACUAUCCUGCAUCCUGUUGGCUGGGCUCAUUCAGUGCGGCACGACAUCUGUGCUACUAGCCGUUACCUGUCACGGGUGGAAGAGGAGAAGCGGGAUGAGCGAGAUGCCCCGCGUCAUCUCAUACCCAAACCUCUAUGGAGCCCUCCUCAGGGUGAGAAGGGCCCCAUUUUGUUUCAGGAAGGACAGAUGCUGGAAGCCAUUGAUCCCUUGAAUCUCUCUACCAUUGGAGUUGCUUCCAUCUCCAAGAUACUGAAUGAUGGAUAUAUGAUGGUGCGCAUGGAGUACUAUGAUGAUGAUGAAGAACUUGACUCAUUUUGCCACCAUAUGAGCAGCAAGACCAUUUUCCCAGCUGGGUUCUGUGACCUCCAUGAUAUUCCCUUGAUACCUCCCAAAUGGUGGGAGAAGCCCACUUUCUCUUGGAGUGAAUGCCUAAGCUCAUCUGAUGCCAAGGCUGCCCCUCCUCAGCUCUUCAAGAGGGACACCCCAGAUCAUGGCUUCGAAGAAGGGAUGAAGCUGGAAGCUGUUGACUCCAUGGACCCCAAGCUCAUCUGUGUUGCCACAGUUGCCCGAGUUGUGGGCAGGCUCCUCAAGAUCCAUUUUGAUGGAUGGGAAGAAAACUUUGACCAGUGGGUUGAUUGUGAAAGCCCAGACAUCUAUCCCAUUGGCUAUUGCCUACUUGUCAAGUAUCCCCUCCAGGCUCCCCGUGGCUAUGAGAAAGGAACCAUGACUAAGGCUGGGAGGAGGAAGGGGGGAUCACGUGGGCGCAGGAAACGACGGGGGAGACGGAAAACAGUUGAGAUAGAGAAGGAGAAGGUGGAUGAGAAAGGUGGAAGAGAGGAGGAGGAGGAGGGAACCAGUGAGGGUGAAGACAUGGAGGAUCCCCUUGCAACAAGUCUUCCUGACCCCCCUCAUCUCAAUCCCCCUCCUGAGAUGAUUCAGGAUGGAGAGGAGACCAAGGCAGAUGUGAAGAAGGAUGUAGUGUUGGAUAUGUCCGAUCCUUCCUCUUGGAGUGUGGCAGAAGUAGCUGAGUAUCUCCAGAUCAAUGACUGCCCUCUCUAUGCUCAACGCUUUCAGGAUGAGGGAGUUGAUGGGAAGAAGUUCUUGUACCUGAGUCGAGAUGAAGUGUUAGAGUUGGCUGGAAUGAAGCUUGGACCCAGUCUGAAGAUUCUGAAUCUCAUCAAGCAGCUGCGAGUCCGCAUGAAUCCUGCCCUCUCUCAGUGGACUGAAGGGAAGACAACCAAAGGUGUAGUUGAUGAGGAUGAGGAGGAGACCAGUGAUCUCACUGGUUUUCUCUUUGGGAAUAUUGACACCAAGGGAAAUCUGGAAGAGAAUGACCUGUUUGAUGAAGAGAGCAAGUCUCAUCUCCACUCACUCCGCAAACUCGGCCUUGGGAAUAUUCUUCAUGAUGUUGUGGACUCUGAGGAUGAAGAGCGAGCACAGGAAACAGAUGACAGAGAUGAAGAUGAUGAUGAGGAGGAUGAGGACCUACCUCACAGAUCUAAGUCUCAUAGCAAAAAGGACAAAGGUUGGCAAGAGGAUGCCAAAUCUCCCAGUGCUGAAGAUUUCUUUGAAAUGUCUGAGUUGGCAGAGGAUGAAUCCCCAGCUGUGGAAGUCAUAUCACGAUACAAUGAUUCAGUCCUCAUGCCUCCACCAGCUGUUCUUCCAUGUCACAUUAGUGCAGAUGACAGGAGGUACUCUUGGAAGCUGAACACUCCCCUGGCUGCCAUGCUCCCUUCCAAGUAUGCACACCUUGAUGUCACCGACCUCUUUCCUGAAUUCCGACCCAACAAAGUCUUGCGGUUCUCAAGGUUGUUUGGCCCUGGGAAGCCUAGCAGCCUCCCUCAGAUCUGGAGAGGAGUGAGGAAGAAAAGACGGAAGAAGCGUCCAUCGGGAAGUGCAACCGACGAACAUCGUCAUUCUUCAGAUGGGGAGGAGAAAGAAUUCCGUCUCCACCUUGCCUCUACACCUCCACGGGAAGACUAUCCCUCAGAUGAUGAGGAAAAAUUUCUCCAUCCCCUUGAAUGUCCCAUUGGAGGAAGUCAGGGAGGGGAUGGGAAAGGGAAGGAAGAGAAAGGCCCCAAAAUGGCACCUUGGAGAUUUGGGCCUGCUCAACUUUGGUAUGACAUGCUAGAUGUACCUGAGACUGGAGAUGACUUCAACUAUGGCUUUCACCUUCAACAGGAGGGGGAUAACAUGGAGGAGGAGAAUGUCCCUGUUUUUGAAAUGACAGAGGAUGGAUACCCUGACAGGGAAGAUGAAAUUCCUGAUGAAGCUUAUCAUAUGGUAUCACAGGUGAAUUGGGAGGAUGAUGUUGUCUGGAGUGGGGAGGACAUCAAGCACAAGGUUUUGGCUCGAUUGAGCAGCAAGACGAAUGCUGCUGGCUGGGUCCCAAGUAGCAUGAAUCGAACGGCUCAGACAUUCAGUCAACCCGUGAAGGCAUCUUCAGGUGGGAAUUUCCCUCUUGCCUCUGGCCCAACUCCCAUCCAAGGACCUCAAAAGCAUGCUUCUCUUGGAAAGCACUUAGGAGAUGAGAAUGAUGACACAUGGUAUUCAAUCUUCCCUGUGGAGAAUGAAGAACUUGUAUAUGGAAGGUGGGAGGAUGAAGUCAUCUGGGAUGCACAGUCGAUGCCUUACAUCCCAGAGCCUAAAGUGGUGACAUUGGACCCCAAUGAUGAAAAUAUAAUUCUUGGCAUCCCAGAUGAUGUCGAUCCUAAUUCGGAAAACCCCCAGGAUGUCCACCGUCCCAAGACAAAGAUCCCACAUCCUCACGUUCGCAAGUCUAAGUUGCUGCUUGGAAAAGCAGGAGUAAUCACACAGAUUGAGGAAGAUUCUCCUCCUCCCACACCAAAGGAAGCAGACAAGGAUCCAUUCAAUAUAUCUAAUGAUGAGUUCUACCUGCCCAAGGCGGAACCCAGCCUGAAGUCGAGUGUGGGAGGGACAUUGAUCCAGCAUUCGACCCCAGUGGUAGAGCUGAGAGCCCCAUUCGUCCCGACGCACAUGGGUCCACUUCGCCUGAGAGCAUUCCAUCGUCCCAGCGUGAAACGCUAUUCCCACGGAGCCCUUGCUGCUCCGGGCCCUCACACGGUCGCCUCCCUCACGAAAGAGAUCAAGAAGAAGGCCAAAAUGCGAGAGCAGGAACGCUUGGCGUCGGGUGGUGGCGACAUGUUCUUCAUGAGAACCCCAGAGGAUCUGACUGGGAAAGACGGAGAGAUCAUCCUCUGCGAGUACUCCGAGGAACAUCCCCCGCUCGUCAUGCUCGUAAGCCGUUUCCGUAUCCUCGAUCUCUUUCUCCAAGUUUCCAGUUUCACGUCGGAAGGGAACUUCUCGCAGGUGGGUAUGUGCACGCGGAUCAAGAACUAUUACAAGCGCAAGGUCGGGAAGGACCAGGGCCCCCCAGAGUUCAAGUUCGGAGAGGUGGCAUACGCACACACUUCGCCUUUUCUCGGUUCCAUGCAUCCGGCGCAGAGCAUCCAAACUUUGGAGAACAACAUGUUCCGCGCCCCCAUCUACGAACACCGCAACCCUCCGUCGGACUUUCUCAUCAUUCGCACUCGCCAUGGAUAUUGGAUCCGAGAGGUGGAAUCCCUGUUCACCGUGGGACAGGAGUGCCCUCUGUACGAGGUCCCUGGCCCCAAUUCCAAACGGGCCAACAACUUCGUGCGCGACUUCCUUCAGGUGUUCAUCUAUCGGCUGUUCUGGAAGAGCAAGGACAUGCCACGGAGGAUCAAGAUGGACGACAUCAAGAAGGCGUUUCCGUCUCAUUCUGAGAGCAGCAUCCGCAAGCGACUCAAAUUGUGCGCCGACUUCAAACGGACAGGUGUGCCUCUCUUUUUGGCUCGAUACGUGUGGUCUGCUCACCAUGAGUGUAAGCCGGGCGACUGCCCCUCUCGUUUUGGAGGUGGUGGAGUCCACCUUGCCGUGACGAUGUUGAACGUGGAAGUGAAUGUGUUUGAACGAACGGAUUCAAAUUGGUGGGUGCAACGAUCGGAAUUCCGUCUGCCCACCGAAGACGAGUUGCGAGCGAUGGUGAGCCCGGAGCAGUGCUGUGCGUAUUUCUCCAUGAUUGCCGCCGAGCAGCGGCUACGGGACGCCGGAUACGGCGAGAAGUUCCUCCUCGUCCCGCAGGAAGACGAAGACGAAGACAAUCAGCUGAAGAUGGACGACGAGAUCAAGGUGGCCCCGUGGAACACGACCCGGGCGUACAUCCAGGCGGCCAAGGCGAAAUGCCUGCUCCAGUUGACGGGGCCGGCGGAUCCCACGGGAUGCGGGGAAGGCUUCUCUUACAUACGCAUCCCCAACAAACCCCAACAGAACAAGGAGGAGAUCGUCCAAGAGAAGCGGACGGUCACGGGGACGGAUGCCGAUCUGCGGAAGCUCUCCCUCAACAAUGCCAAGGCCCUGCUGAGGAAGUACGGCGUCCCCGAAGACGAGAUCAAUCGAUUGAGUCGGUGGGAGGUGAUCGACGUCGUCCGCACGCUCUCGACCGAGAAGGCCAAGGCCGGAGAAGAAGGGAUGACUAAAUUCUCUCGUGGGAAUAGAUUUUCGAUCGCAGAGCACCAGGAACGGUACAAAGAGGAAUGUCAAAGAAUCUUCGACCUCCAGAACAAGGUUUUGGCAUCGGACGAGGUUCUCUCGACCGAUGAAGCCUCCAGUAGCGAAGAAGAUUCCUCAGACAUUGAAGAGAUGGGAAAGAACCUCGAGAAUAUGUUGGCCAAUAAGAAGACCUCUUCACAGCUAUCGAGGGAGAGGGAAGAGCAGGAACGAAAGGAACUCCAGAGAAUGCUCUUGGAAGGAGGAAAUCAGGAUAAUACCAAUGCAUCUCAGGGCGAGGAAUCGUCUAAGCGUUCCAAGCCGAAAGUGGAAGACGACAACUCUUCCAUCGGAAGCCUGACCGGUCCCGGGAAGAAGCUGAAGAUCGUGCGGACGUUUCGAAAUCCGGAGGGGAAGACGUACACGAGGGUGGAGAUCGUGCGGCACCCGGCCGUGAUGGACGCGUACGUCCGGAUCCGCACCACGAAGGACGAGAACUUCAUCCGAGGCUUUGCGAUGUUGGACGAGCAGCAGAAGGAGGAGAUGAAGCGGGAGAAGCGUCGUCUGCAAGAGCAAUUGAGAAGGAUCAAGCGGAACCAAGAACGAGAGCGGAUGGGUAAAACUCCUCCGACUCCGAGACCGAACGUCAGUCGACGCAAGGCCAAACUCAAGCCGGAUCUCAAGAUGAAGUGUGGAGCUUGCGGUCAGGUGGGACACAUGAGGACCAACAAGGCAUGUCCUCUGUAUGCGGGACCCACUCCUUUGCCGCCCGUCCCCGUGGCCAUGACAGAAGAUCAGGAGGAGGAGCUGGAGAAGCAGGUCCUCGAGGACAUCGACAAGGAGGGCUCCAGUGUGAACGUCGAUGGUACCAAGGUCCGCUUCUCCAACAAAAUCGUCAAGCAUGCAGAGGAGCUGAAGAGACAGAGCUUGAUGCUGAAGUUCCCCAAGGCUACGUUGAACCCGAAGAAGAAGCGCAGGCAGCUCCCUCAGACGGAGACCCUGGACUACCUGGAGCGGCACGCGAAGCCGGCGAACCGUCGCCGUAUCGAUCCCGUCGUCGCCCUCUCCACAGUCCUGGAAAGCAUCCUCAACGAGAUGCGAGCGGUGAAGGACGUCGGGCCCUUCUUGCAUCCGGUGAACCCCAAGAUGGUCCCGGACUACUUCCGCAUCGUCCGAAAUCCCAUGGAUCUCCAGACGAUGCGCGAGAAGUUGCAUCGACGCGAGUAUCAGAGUCGCGAGGAGUUUCUCCAGGACGUGAAGCGGAUCGUCGAGAACUCGGCUCUGUACAACGGGGAGAAGAGCCAGCUGACGGGAUCCGCUCGGAAUCUCCUGGAAUUGUGCGUGCGACGCUUCUCGGAGAAAGAAGAGCGCCUGAUGAAGCUGGAGAAGGCCAUCAAUCCCCUGUUGGACGACGAUUCCCAGGUUGCCCUCACCUACAUCCUCGACAACAUCUUGAGCGGCAAGAUCAAGAGCAUGCCGGAAUCCUGGCCGUUCCUCAAACCCGUCAACAAGAAGAACGUGAAGGACUACUACAACGUGAUCCAGAAACCGAUGGACCUGGAGGCGAUCGAGAGGAACGUCAAGGGGCACAAGUAUCACACGGGCUCCGCCUUCCUCGGCGACAUCGAACUCAUCUACGAGAACAGCCGCAAGUACAACGGGAUGGAUUCACCCUUCACGCAGAAGGCCCUCGCCAUUUACAAUGUGGCUAAGGAGAGCCUUGCACAGUAUGAGGAGUACAUCGGCCAGCUGGAAGUGAAGAUCCGUGCAGUGCAAGAGGAGGCAUUGGAUGCAGCAGAGAUGGAUUCCACGUCCAACCUGGACGAAGACGCAUCGUUCCGGGGUGCCCCGUCCACCCCCGGAGGAGAAGAGGACUACCAACUCGGCCUGGAAGACUACGAAGACGACGAGGAGGAGACGACGAUGGACGACUACGGGGACGAGGACUACGAGGCCGCUCGGGACCCGCCGCGACCCGCUUCUCCCAUGGACCUGGCUCGGGAUCUGCACGUCUCUCCGGAGGGAUCCGAUGCCGAAGACGUCGAGGUUCCUCCAAGGGUCAAAGAAGAGGAAGACGAAGAUAGAGACAAGCUCGGCACCGAUCUCCACGUCUCCGAGUCCGAAGACGACGAGGACGAGCGCGCCGGCGGCAUAUGGUUCUGAAUCCACUCCAAAUCGUGGAACCGAGUGGCCGAAAGAGAAGAAAAAGUGUCGUUAGAGUGCUCUUUUUCCAUUCCUUGUGUACACAGCCUUGUCGUGAUCGAUUUCCUUUUUAAUUAUCUCCUACGAGAAUAGAAACUAAAAUUAUUUGGAAUAAAUAUCCCGUGAAGUGA